CGUCGAUAUCCUAACCAAGUCAAAGAUUCGGAUCUCCCCACUACAACUACUGCUAUGAAGGUUCUGGUACCCGUAAAGCGCGUGGUGGACUACGCCGUCAAGAUCCGUGUGGAGCCCAAGGGCGUGGAUCUUAAGAACGUUAAGAUGAGCAUGAACCCCUUCUGUGAGAUCGCCGUGGAGGAGGCCAUCCGCCUCAAGGAGAAGAAGGUGGCGUCCGAGAUCGUCGCCGUUUCGAUCGGCCCGAAGCAGAGCCAGGAGACCCUCCGAACGGCCCUCGCUAUGGGUGCUGACCGUGGUAUUCACAUUACGACGGACAUGCGCACGGACCAGGAGCUGCAGCCGCUAGCCGUUGCCAAGCUGCUCAAGGAGGUCGUGGCCAAGGAGGGCCCCAAGCUCGUCAUCUGUGGCAAGCAGAGUAUCGACGCCGACGCCGCCCAGACGGGCCCUAUGCUCGCCGGUCUGCUGGACUGGAGCCAAGGCACGUUCGCCUCGGAUGUCGCUGUGGACGGUGACGCCGUCAACAUCACCCGUGAGACUGACUCUGGUGUGGAGACGCUCAAGCUCGGUCUGCCCGCCGUGGUGACCGCCGACUUGCGUCUUAACGAGCCUCGCUACGCCACGCUGCCUAACAUUAUGAAGGCCAAGAAGAAAAAAAUCGAGACCCUUGCAGCCGACAGCUUCGGCGUGGACCUCGCCCCGCGCAUCGACGUGGUGGAGGUCAAGGACCCCGCCUCACGCAAGGCCGGUAUCAAGGUGGCUAGCGUGGACGAACUCGUGGACAAGCUGAAGAAUGAGGCCGGUGUGAUCUAGAGCGGCAAACGAAAAUGCAGUUUAGUAGCACUGCGGGUUAUAUACACGUAGUUGAGUUGCACCAAGUUCAACGUUGUGCA